UGAAUAAUGCCUGCCAUCAGGACACUGUCGCGCUCAACGAAGUCCGCCAUCGAUGGACGUAAGACAACAAUAGCAAGGGCUUCCAUACCAGUCGUGGAGGAAAUGCAGGACCUAGCAAACUGCAAGAUGCAUUACCCAUUGAAUGAAAAAGACCGUAACACCUUCAAGACACACGACGGCAAGCGCGUCACUCCGCAUCAGUGGGCAGUAUACGACUUCACUAGAACAAUUCCUUGCGGUCGUGUCACGACGUACAAGGAUAUCUGCGUCGCUCUUGGGCAAGGUUCGCCACGAUCAGUUGGUUCUGCACUUCGAAAUAACCCAUUUGCACCGUUUGUGCCUUGCCACCGCAUCAUCGCAUCAAAUCUGUACAUUGGUGGAUUCUCCGGUGAGUGGGGCACUGGCGCAAACGCAAGGGGUGGACAGAAGAAUACUGGGUUGCAGUGCAAUAGAAAGAUGGAGAUGCUUGCAAAGGAGGGGGUUACGUUCUCCGUGGAAGGAUAUCUUGCUGACGAAUCUUUGCUCUGGAUCGGGAGAAGCUGAACUGGCUUCCUUGGCUGAUAUGUAUGAUACCACCGGAGUAAGUCACUGUUGGGUAUCACCGGUUCACCACCAAUGUCCACCAAAACAAUAUAAAUGAAUAAAUCGGUUGCCGAAGUUUCAUAUGUCUGUCUCCUUCAUAGUCCAGACUGGUCUGUGUUGGAUUCAAUCUAGAGCUUCCCUUCUUACCAAAUACUACCACAUCAUUUCGCAG